AUGCGGCAGCGUGUGGCACAACGUGUAGCUACCGAAACUUCCGAGCAACGAGAGCGACGUCUGCAAGAUAUGCGGCAGCGUGUGGCACAACGUGGAGCUACCGAAACUUCCGAGCAACGAGAGCGACGUCUGCAAGAUAUGCGGCAGCGUGUGGCACAACGUGGAGCUACCGAAACUUCCGAGCAACGAGAGCGACGUCUCGUGUGGCACAAACGUGGAGCUACCGAAACUUCCGAGCAACGAGAGCGACGUCUGCAAGAUAUGCGGCAGCGUGUAGCACAACGUGGAGCUACCGAAACUUCCGAGCAACGAGAGCGACGUCUGCAAGAUAUGCGGCAGCGUGAGGCACAACGUGUAGCUAGCGAAACUUCCGAGCAACGAGAGCGACACAAGCAACGAGAGCGACGUCUGCAAAAUAUGCGGCAGCGUGCAUCUCAGCGUGUAGGUACUGAAAAUGACGAGCAACGAGAGCAAAAUCUGCAAGAUAUGCAGCAGCGUGCAUCACAGCGUGUAGCUACUGAAAAUAACGAGCGACGAGAGCGACAUCUGCAAGAUAUGCGGCAUCGUGUGGCACAACGUGUAGCUACCAAAAAUUACGAGCAACGAGAGCGACGUCUGUAA